CAUUUUCAUGGCGAGUAGUACUGCCAUAAAAUGAAGAAACAUCUUUGUAUAUUCACUAUAAUUAUUAUAGUCCAAACAUCACUAUGUUACACAAAGAAACCACAAAAUUCUUGUACAUGCACACGAGAAUAUCAACCAGUUUGUGGAUCAAAUAAUGUAACCUACAGCAACGAAUGUGGACUCGAAUGUGAAAAUACACAAAACGGAAAAAAACAAAUCACAGUCGCGUAUGAUGGGCCAUGUCGCAAACAUUGUUCUUGUUCAGAAGAUGAUUAUAUUCCGGUAUGUGGCAGCGAUUUUCGAACAUAUUUCAGUGAGUGUCAUAUGGAAUGCGAAAAUAAACAGCGAACAGAAUCUAGAUAUCCCCUUUUUGUAGUGAAAUACGACGAGUGUGAUGACGAGUGUAAUUGUCCACUUAAUUAUAGCCCAGUGGUAGGUGACGAUGGGAAAACAUACAGCAAUCAAUGUGCUCUGGAUUGUGAACUUGAAAGCAGAAGGAAAGCUUCCACCCCCGUAAAGUGUAUUUGUUCAGAUACGUAUAAUCCAAUAUGCGGAAGUGAUGGAGUAACUUAUGACAAUGUCUGCAAGUUUGGCUGUCAAAACAGAGGAUUGCAGAGGAAGGGCAAAGAGCCAAUAACAAAAGCAAAUGAUGGUAAAUGUGAAGAACUUUGUUUGUGUCCUUCGGAUUAUCAACCAGUUUGUGGAUCAAAUAACGAAACCUACAGCAACGAAUGUGAACUUGAUUGUGAAAAUAAACAAAAUAUAAAGAAAAUCUCAGUAGCGUAUGACGGUCCAUGCUAUGAAAAAUGUAAUUGUAAAAAUGUAAUAUAUAAACCAAUAUGUGGAAAUGAUGGGAAAACAUAUGAUAAUGCGUGUACAUUUGACUGUAAAAACAAAGAGCUAAAACAAAACGGUAAGGAUCCUAUUGAAAAGUUUAGCGACGGUGAAUGUUCUGAAGUUUGCUUUUGCCCUCUCAAUUAUGACCCUAUAUGUGGUAGUGAUGGAAAAACUUACAGUAAUCAAUGUUCCCUAAAUUGUAAAAAUAAAGAAAAUAAAAAGAAAAAUAAUCCAAUAGUUAAUAAAGAAAGUGAUGGUAAAUGUGAAGAACUUUGUUUGUGUACUUCGGAUUAUCGACCAGUUUGUGGAUCAAAUAAUGAAACCUACGGCAACAAAUGUGAACUUGAUUGUGAAAAUAAACAGAAUAUAAAGAAAAUCUCAGUAGCGUAUGACGGUCCAUGCUAUAAAAAAUGUAAUUGUAAAAAUGUAAUAUAUAAACCGAUAUGUGGAAAUGAUGGGAAAACAUAUGAUAAUGCGUGUACAUUUGACUGUAAAAACAAAGAGCUAAAACAAAACGGUAAGGAUCCUAUUGAAAAGUUUAGCGACGGUGAAUGUUCUGAAGUUUGCUUUUGCCCUCUCAAUUAUGAUCCUAUAUGUGGUAGUGAUGGAAAAACUUACAGUAAUCAAUGUACCCUAAAUUGCAAAAAUAAAGAAAAUAAAAAGAAAAAUAAACCAAUAGUUAAUAAAGUAAGUGAUGGUAAAUGUAGUGAACCUUGUGUUUGUACACUCAACUACCAGCCCGUAUGCGGAGACGAUGGAAACACUUAUGGAAACCAAUGUGCUUUGGAUUGCAAGAACAAAAAUCUUAAAAAUAAAGGUUUGAUUCCAAUAAAGAAAGUGACGGAUGGUAGUUGCCCAGAAAUAUGUAAUUGUUCAUUUAAUUAUGAUCCCAUUUGUGGUAGUGAUGGAGAGACUUAUAGUAAUCAAUGUGCCCUUGAUUGCAAAAAUAAAGAAAACAAAAAGAACAAUAAACCAAUUAUUGAGAAAAUUAAUGAUGGUAAAUGUGCUGAAGCUUGUUUCUGUACUGCAGACUACUCACCAAUUUGUGGUGAGGAUGAAAAUACUUAUUCGAACGAGUGUGUUUUAAAUUGUAAGAAUAAAGAACUGAAACUUAAGGGUCAAAACCCAGUAAAUAAAGCAAGUGAAGGUGAAUGUACGGGAAACUGUUUGUGUCUAUUUAAUUAUGAUCCGAUUUGCGGAGAAGACGGCAAAACUUACGAUAAUCAGUGCAAACUCGACUGCACAAAUGAACAACUAAAAAAAAAUAAUACCGUAAUCAUGAAAGCUUACGACGGUGAAUGCGCCGAACCUUGUGUGUGUCCUUUAGACUACACGCCUAUUUGCGGAGAAGAUGGUAACACUUAUGGCAACGAAUGUGCUUUGGAUUGCAAAAACAAGGAUCUCAAACGUAGAGGUCUACAUCUAAUCAAAAAAAUAAGUGAUGGCGAAUGUACAGAUGGAUGUGUUUGUCUUGCUGUAGUUCAGGAAGUAUGUGGCAGCGAUGGGCAAACAUAUUCAAACGAAUGCAAAUUAUCAUGCGAAAGUCAACGUCUAGAACGAAUUGGGCUGUCCCCUCUCACAGUGGCGGAUAAUAAUGCCUGCAAUAAUUCAUGCAACUGCUACACAUCGGUAAUCCCCGUGUGCGGAUCUGACAACAAAUCUUAUAAAAAUCCUUGUAUAUUAGAAUGCGCCAGUCGCUCGAAACAAUUCUCUAUCACAGUACAGCACACAGGAGCUUGUCGCGAAUGUGACUGUCCAAAUAAUGAUUAUGAACCUGUAUGUGGCAGCGAUGGGAACACCUACGACAAUGAAUGCAAACUCAAUUGCGAAAAGAACAGAGUUCAAAAACUAGGAAUGAAACUUUCUAUAGUUAAUAAAGGCGAUUGUGGUGGAUGCUUUUGUUCUAAGAUAUAUGAACCGAUAUGCGGCAGCGAUGGAAAUACAUAUGGAAAUGAGUGUGUGUUUAAUUGUGAAAAUAGAAUCCGAAAAAAAGACAAAAGGUCUCUACUGGAAAUCAGUAGUAGAGGCCAAUGUGGUUUCUUCAACUACUACAACUGCAAGGCUUGUCCGCUGCUGUACCGCCCUGUUUGUGGUGACGAUGGCAACACCUACUGGAAUGUAUGCUACUUACUCUGCAGUAGCAUGGCCAAUGCUAUGAGAGCUCUUCCUGCGAUUAACCUCUGCAAAAAUGGACCUUGUUAGAACAACGUUUAACUUGUCACAUUAAUUUAAUCGAAGUUUAAAAUUAUUAUGUAUUUCGGUCAAUGUUGUUAAAAUUAAUAGUAAUUAACAUGUAAUGACUUUAUUUGAUCACGAUCGGUGUUAAAAUGGAAUGCAUAUUCGUUGUUUUUGCACGAAAAUUGUAACCUUAAGAUCGGAAUUUCUAAUAAUUAAUAACAUUGUUAAUUUGUAAUUAGACUUUACAAAUAAACUAUGAUAUGAA